AUGGCGUCUGACAAGGUUACAGACAACUAUGUGCAGCCGGCCAUACCAUGCUUUGAUGGUCAUUAUGAUCAUUGGAGCAUGUUGAUGGAGAAUUUCCUGAGGUCUAAAGAAUACUGGACUCUCGUGGAAACCGGUAUAGUAGAGCCAGAAAGUGGAGUGGUGUUGACGGAGCUACAACAAAAGAAAUUGGAUGAAUCCAAGCUGAAAGAUUUGAAGGCGAAAAAUUACUUAUUCCAAGCUAUUGAUCAUUCCAUUUUGGAGACCAUUCUCCAAAAAGACACUUCCAAGCAAAUUUGGGAUUCCAUGAAGAAGAAGUACCAGGGCUCAACAAAGGUGAAGCGCUCAAUGCUGCAAGCACUGAGGAAAGAUUUUGAGACUCUUCAGAUGAAACAAGGAGAGUCUGUCAAUGAUUAUUUUUCAAAAGCAAUGGCAAUUGCAAACAAAAUGAGUACCCAUGGCGAGAAGAUGGAAGACGUGACCAUUGUAGAAAAGAUCCUGCGAUCUAUGACUACAAAGUUUGAUUAUGUUGUGUGCUCCAUUGAGGAGUCAAAUGACGUUGAGAAGCUUUCAAUUGACGAGCUGCAGAGUUCCUUGCUUGUUCAUGAGCAGAAGAUCAAUCAGAGUACAUCUGAGGAACAUGACUUGAAAGUUUCAACAAAUAGUGAUUCUCCGGCAGCAAGAGAUCGUGGUGGUCGUGGACGAGGACGUGGUAAAGGCGGCAGCCAUGGAAGAGGUCGAGGUAGCAGAGAUGGGAACAAAUCCAAUGAUGAUUCCGGCAGCAAAGACACUCAUGAUUCCAGCAGUAGCAGCAGAGGCUAUUAUAAUUCUGGAGGCAACAGUAGCAGAGGCCGAAGGCAUUCAAGCAAUCAUGAUUCGAAUGUCGACAAAUCAAAUGUCGAGUGUGUCAGGUGCAAGGGCGAAUUUGCAGAAAAAGAGAAAGAAGAUGAUGGGGCUAUUCUAAUGGUGUGUCAAACCAUGGAAAAACCACAAAAGAAUGUGUGGUACUUGGAUACAGUGAGAUUUGGAGAUGAUAGCAAAGUUUCAGUUUUGGGAAAAGGAGAUAUCAAAAUUUGGGCUAAAGAUAACACUGUCCAUAUUAUCUCUAGUGUUUUCUUUGUUCCGAGUUUGAAGAGCAAUUUGCUGAGCUUGGGACAACUGCAUGAAAAAGGAUAUGAGAUCAAGAUUACAGGAGGAGCUUGUCAAAUUCAUGACCAAAAGAGGGGCUUAAUUGCUAAGGCUUACAUGACGACAAAUCGAAUGUUUCCAUUACAUAUUCAAAGUGAUGGUCCUACAUGUUACUCUGCCAAGGUCAAUGAUCCAGCGUGGCUGUGGCAUUUACGCUAUGGUCAUUUGAAUUUUAGAGGUUUGAAGACGCUACAUGAUAAGGAGAUGGUGACUGACCUUCCUCGGAUAACAUGUCCAACUGAAGUUUGUGAAGUUGGAAAACAGCCUAGGGAAACCUUUCCGAAGGGAAAAGCAUGGCGGGCUAGAAGACCUCUUGAGCUGGUCCAUUCAGAUAUUUGUGGGCCAAUAACUCCAGCUUCCAACGCCGGAAAAAGGUACUUUAUAACGUUCAUUAAUGAUUACAGCAGAAAAACAUGGGUUUAUUUCUUACAGGAGAAAUCAGAAGCCUUAAAUGCAUUCAAACACUUUAAGGCAGCUGUUGAGAAGACUAUCAAGGUUCUUCGAACUAAUCGUGGUGGAGAAUACAAUUCAAAAGCCUUUGAAAAUUUCUUUACUAUACAUGGGGUUCGCCGACAACUUACGGUAGCUUAUACACCACAGCAGAACGGUGUGGCGGAGAGGAAGAAUCAUACCAUUUUAAAUAUGGUACGCAGUAUGCAGACAAAGAGUUGCAUUCCAAAGAGUUUCUGGCCGGAAGCUGUAAACUGGGGCAUUCACAUACUAAACAGAAGUCCAACUUUUGUUGUUCGUGAUUUGACACCUGAAGAGGCAUGGAGCGGCCGUAAACCAGCAGUUGGUUACUUCAAAGUUUUUGGCUGCAUUGCAUAUGCACGUAUUCCAGACGAGAAAAUGAAGAAGCUUGAUGACAAAGGUGAAAAAUGUGUCUUUCUUGGCACAAGUGAAGUUUCCAAGGGGUAUAAGUUAUUCAAUCCCUUGUCCAAAAAGAUUAUUAUUAGCCGAGAUGUUGUAUUUGAUGAAGAGAAGACAUGGAAUUGGAGUGAUGAUGUUUCUCUGUAG